GUGACGAAUUAGGUUACUUGUGUCACCUAGUCAUUGGUUAAAUCAAGAAAUCAAAUGAACCCUCUAGUUUUUACUGAUGAUUUAAUGCUGUUGCUAUUAAGGUGUUAAUUUCUAUAUUUAAUGGCAUCUGUAUCACCAAAAGCGUCUAGGAAACAUGGCACGAUUGCUGCAACAAAUGUUGAAUUUCAAACAGGAAGGGUCACAAGGAGCAAACGUGGCGAAGUACUGAGUAAAAGUCACAACUUUAGAGGUUGCACAAUUUGGUUUACUGGUUUGUCAGGUGCUGGAAAAACAACAAUAAGUUUUGCUUUAGAAGAAUAUUUAUGUUUCCGUGGAAUACCAUCAUACAGCUUAGAUGGAGAUAAUAUGCGCACUGGCUUGAAUAAAAAUUUGGGCUUCAGUCCUGAAGAUAGAGAGGAGAAUAUUCGCCGUGUUAGUGAAGUUGCAAAAUUAUUUGCUGAUGCUGGCAUUGUCUGUUUAUCAAGCUUUAUUAGUCCAUAUGCUCAAGAUCGUGCUAAAGCAAGACAGCUUCACGAAGAAGUUGGACUAAAUUUUUUUGAGUGUUAUGUAGAUACAUCAUUAGAGAUUUGUGAAAACAGAGAUGUAAAAGGCCUAUACAAGAAAGCACGUGCUGGUAUUAUUAAAGGUUUUACUGGUAUUGAUUCUACUUAUGAAGUUCCAAAUAAACCUGAUAUUAUUUUGAAAGCUGGAGAAUUAUCUGUUGAUGAAUGUGUUCAAGAACUUUUAAAAAUGCUUGAGAAAAACAAUAUUUUGCCUGUCUCAAUAUUAAGUGAAGUUAGAGAACUGUUUGUUAAUAACGAGCAAAUCCCUGAACUAGAAAAAGAAGCAUCAAAAUUAGAACCUUUAAAUAUUGGUUUAGUAGAUAUGCAAUGGGUUCAAGUAUUAGCAGAAGGGUGGGCAUCACCUUUAACUGGUUUUAUGAAAGAGAGAGAAUAUUUACAAUCUCUGCAUUUCAACUGUCUACAAGAUGCAGAUGUUGUAAAUCAGUCUGUUCCAAUUGUACUAUCACUAAAUGACAAUGAUAAAGUAAGGGUUGCAGAGCAAAAAAAUAUUGCAUUGUACUAUGAAAAUAAAUUAGUUGCUAUUAUGAGAGAUAUUGAGAUCUUUCCUCAUAGAAAAGAGGAACGUUGCUGCAGACAGUUUGGAACAAGAAGUCUUAAUCAUCCAUACAUCAAAAUGGUACAUGACAUGGGAGAUUGGCUAAUUGGUGGAAAAUUAGAUGUUUUAGGUGCCAUUAAAUGGAAUGAUGGACUUGAUGAGUUUCGUUUGAAACCAAAUGAGCUGAGAAAAAAAUUUAAAGACUUAAAUGCUGAUGCUGUUUUCGCUUUUCAAUUACGAAAUCCAGUGCACAAUGGCCAUGCUCUUCUCAUGCAAGACACUCAAAAAGAAUUGCUCAGUAGAGGUUUUAAAAACCCAGUGUUGUUGCUUCAUCCUUUAGGUGGAUGGACUAAGGAUGAUGAUGUUCCUUUGCCAAUUCGCAUCAACCAGCAUUUAGCUGUUCUAGAAGAAAAAGUUCUUGACCCUGACAGAACAGUGUUGGCAAUAUUCCCUUCUCCAAUGAUGUAUGCUGGUCCAACAGAAGUUCAAUGGCAUUGUAAAGCGCGAAUAGCAACAGGUGCAACAUAUUAUAUUGUUGGUCGUGAUCCAGCAGGAAUGCCACACCCUGAACAACCAGGAGAUUUGUAUGAUCCUACACAUGGAGGCAAAGUGCUUACUAUGGCACCAGGGUUGUUGCAAUUAGAAAUUUUACCUUUUAAAGUUGCAGUUUACAAUAAAGUCAACCAGCGAAUGGAAUAUUUUGAUCCAUCCAGAAAAGAAGAGUUCGAUUUUAUUUCUGGAACAAAAAUGAGAGGUUUUGCUCGUGAUGGGAUUUUGCCACCGCCUAAUUUUAUGGCGCCAAAAGGCUGGCAAGUUCUAGCUGAUUAUUAUCAGUCUUUAAAGGAAGAUUGUUAGCUUUUUUAAAUUAUUUUAUGAUAAAUAUACUUAAAGUAUACUUAGUA